AUGGCGGACCAGCCGGUUUAUGCGCCCUUUUUCGGGCUAAUGGGUUGCAGUCUCGCCAUUAUAUUAUGCUCCCUUGGAGCUGGUUACGGUACCGCGAAGGCGGGAAGCAGUAUCGCAUGUAUGUCAAUCAACAGGCCUGACUUGGUUAUGAAGUCGUUAAUCCCGGUUGUCAUGGCUGGGAUUAUCGCAAUUUACGGUCUCGUUGUUUCGGUGUUGAUUUCUCAACGAAUAGAUGACCGUUAUACCUUGGAUGCGUCAUUCUAUGAUUUGGGAUCCGGCUUGAGCGUUGGCAUAAGUGGCGUUGCUGCGGGUUACGCCAUUGGGGUGGUUGGUGAUGAAGGUGUCCGAUCUACUUCAAAGCAACCACGUGUCUUUGUUGGAAUGGUGCUGAUUCUCAUAUUUGCUGAGGUCCUUGGGCUGUAUGGCCUCAUCGUGGCGCUCAUGUUCUCCACGAAGUCCUAA